AUGACUGUUGAAGAUGUACCACCACCAGCAUGGCAUACUUCAGAAAUGGAACCAAAACCCCAUCCCGAAGAAGAGAAUGACGCCGUCGAGGAUGAUAUCGCAUUGUCAUACCUGCAGUUGAAGAGCAGCCACUCACCCAGGGAGAGUGAGGGUGGCUCCAAUAUCAUCAUUAUCGUACAUGUCGCAUGCUUUCAGCCUGAGGUUCAGAUAUUCAGCCGUGAGCACUUGCUCUCUGACAAGCUCAAUGGGAUUGAGACCAGAGAACUCGUGUUUCAAGUGGGGAUCAAUGACCUUCUUGUCGGGGAGAUGGUGCAGGAAUGCGUAGAGGAUCAAGCCAAGUGCCUCCUCCGAGGGCUCCUGGCAAUAAGGGCUGGUACCUCACUCUUCAUCAAGAACAAAAGCCGGACGAUAAUCUUCGUAGCGUAUGAUCUAGGAUCUGUCGUUGUUAAGAUGGCUCUCUACUUGGCAGCCAGCUUUCCAAGCAUGUAUCCGGAUAUCUUCUUUGAUACCAGAAGAAUAGUAUUUUCAGGAUGUCCACAACGUGGGGUGAAUGAGAGCGAGUUGGCGGCUAAGCUCGCCAAUUUUCUGGUCGAUCAAAGCAACGAAAAGGUCAUGUUCAGCGUCAUUUCCAUGUCUAUACGCAGUCUUGCAGCUUGCGUCUUUAGGACAAAUCAGCUGUUCUUGAUGUCCAAAAUCAGUCUUCGCUGCCUCAUUAUCAGCCUACAUGCCCCCAGCGAGAAGCAGGAGACAUUGCAUCAUACUCUGGAUGAAUUCACUGCGACUAUGGGACUGCCAUCUGAAGUUACCAUCCAAGAAACAGUCAGAGUGCUAUCAAAGAAAGAACUACCCAUGGAGUGGAGGUUCUGCAACCUAUCUGGAACGAUUUCCAAGCAUUUUUCAGUCUCUUCGUUGCCUGCCCCAUGGGCCGCCACAGAGAAAUCUCUCCUUUCCAUUACUGCCCACCCGCGUCAGCUGCGUCCCAGGAGCCGGGAUGAAGACACUCGCGGGCUAGGACUGAAAAUUGAGUCAAGUCCUUCUUACCGAGAAUGGACGAGCUCUAUUGGGAGCAAGAUUAUCUACGUUCACGGUAACUCAACUACAACGACUCACGACGUGGCCAACUAUAUCUUUAAUUCACAUGUAAAGACUCUGAGAGAAAGCGAGACCUUUUCUCCGAAUCGGGCCUACAUGUAUACAUUUGACUCGCGAGAUCCUCUUCAUGACUCAAUUCCAAGCAUGGUUGCUGGCAUGCUUCUUCAAUCUGUCGUCAGCCGAGGGUGUCGAAGGGACGAGUGUCAACAGCUGCAAGAACCAUUUCUUAUGCAGGCUGGUUGGGGAGACACCUCAUGCCAAGUGGCUCUAGAGACACUUAAGAUGACAUGCCUCUGUCAAGGACUAGUCUUACUUCUUCAUGACUUUGAUGAGUGCAACUCGGAUAAUAGAAGGCGAUUCCUCGAAUACUAUGGAGACAUGGUGGACAAGACUGAGCAUGAAUUCAAGCUGAUAAUCACUUCGAGAAAGCCUGAUAUUCUGUUGUCAGAGCUUGCAGCAUGGCCUAAGCUGAAUGUGGAUGAGCUCCCUUCGAAAGCCACCACCCCAAUCAUCAAAGUCGUCCACAAAUCCGAUCAGUCGAAGGAUAUCAAGUGGGUUCUGAGCUGGUUACUUUGUAGUUAUCGACCGCUGAACGUACAAGAGUUUGUCUUUGUCUGCAACAGGAGACGCCCUUACGAGCCGCGCGAUGAAGAGGAUGCUGGUUCACGCUGGGUUUCAGUUGAUCUGGCAUCAAGUCUACCGACAUGGCUGAUCUCUGUGCUUCGUAUUCUCGUUGACACAGAGAAGGAGCCGGUUGAGAUCCGUGGUGAUGUCAGGAACCUUUUGGAGCACGACCCCGGAGCCGAAGAAUGCAUAUGGGACGAGGUCAGAUCGACGGCACAUUAUACCCUGUUCGAGUUCUGUGCCAACUAUCUCACAGCAAAGCACACUGUUGAGAAGUUGGAAGUCGUGCUCAAGAACUAUAACACACUGUGGCAAAACGAUCAGCAGGGAAUGAAACCCACUGCUCCCUUGGACUGCGACAACAAUGACAUCGUCUACUACGCCAUACAGGCACUGCCUUAUCAUCUGUCCAAGUUGAGCGACUCUGCCACGGCAUUGAAAAGAUUUUGCGCUCACGGGAGAGGAAGAGCUUCGACCGUAUGGGCAAAGUUGUACUGGGCAAUGAGCAGCUUGCGAACCAGCAACCCACCAGCAUCGGCACAAGGGGUUUUGGGUGGCCUUGGAUUGACUCCUUUUGCGGAGAUGAGAGAAGAAGCAAUUGAAGUGAGGGCAGAAUACGCCCUCAUGAAAAUCGUCCAAGGCAGAGGGGGCGAGAUAUGGUUGCUCCUUGAUGAAGGGCCGUUCCCACUCUCUGCCUUGGAAGAUAUUCUCGCCACUUCCAUUCAAGCCGGUGAUGAAGAAACAGCCCGGAAAGCAGCCUCAAACAUAACAUCAGACACGAAUUGGAGGGUCAAAGCCUUCUCGUCGAUGGAAAAAGCAAUAUGGGCAGCAACAUGGCUAGGAAUGUCAGCCCUUGUGGAUGAUCUAUUGCGCGCUGGAAUUAGCCCGAACCUGACUUCGACGCUCCAUGAUGCUACGGACAGCACUGUGCGGCAUCCUAGUCUCAUGUAUUUGGCGACGAGUUGUGGCCAUAUUGAAGUCGUCCGGUCUCUCUUGAAUCAUGGAGCGAAGACAGAGAUCCCUGGGCCAGAUCAAGAAGACAUUCUCCUUGCCGCUGCGUUUUCCGGGCAUCUAGACUUGAUCCGGCUUUUCUUCAGUCCUACUGCGUCGUCUACAAGGCAGCAACACAAAAGUUCUUGUCUUUUCGUGGCAGCAGAAAGGGGACAUUGGCGGGCCGUGAGCCUACUGAUUCAACUUGGGGCAGAUCCCAAUUCAUCCCUUGGCUCUCCCUCCGAUGACUACCGCGAAUGGAGCCCUCUUGCGAUAGCAUGCAGAAACCAGUGGCCAAAGACAAUGGAGGCGCUCUUGCAAGGAGGCGCCGACCCAAACAUCCUGGGGCCGUAUGGUGUGGAUACGCCGCUUUGGUUUUGCACCGUCGAUGAGCCCAACCUCCAAUGUGUUCGUUGUCUGGUGCAAUUCGGAGCGGAUCCCAACCAUGACAACUUCUCUCCGCCGUUACUACACGAGAUGGCAAAGUCGGCACACAAAGUCAACAUUCUCAUCGAUAUUUGCGACAUACUCCUUUCAGGCAAGAGUGCGAUCAACAUUAAUGCAGCAGCCGCCGACGGCGAAACUGCUCUCAUGCAAGCAUGCCGUACGGGAAAAAUGCCACUCGUUCGCUGGCUACUUACAAAAAACGCAAACAUCAAUUCUGUCAACGAUUCUGGACAAGAUGCCAUGAAAUGUGCCAUCUGGCAUGGCCGACUGGACAUCGUGGCAGAACUCCUCAAGCACAAUCCUGAGGGGUGUCAACUUGUCCCGGCUGCUACCGAUGAUCCUAUCAACACUUUUGGACCAUUCACUUAUCUCACUUUGGCUGCGCAUAGUGGAAGGACAGAAAUAGUCGAGCUAUUGAUGGCAAACGGACUUGAUGUGAACCAGGCCGACGGUUGGCAGAUGUCGCCUGUCCGUUACGCGAUCGACAGAUCCAAGUUGGUCAGUGAUACGAGGCUCUUUCGACACCUGAUCGAAAAUGGAGCCAAGUUAGGCGAUGUCGUGCACGGGGAAAGUCUUUUGCACCGUGCUAUCGAUGCACCUCUGGAUUACCUGAAAGUUCUCCUGGAAUUCCGAAGAGAUAUCGACAUUGACGUCCUUGAUUUCUCGAAGGCCACGGCGUUCCACUAUGCCUCAUCUUGCUCGCGGAUGGAUCAUAUGCGGAUACUCACCAGAGCAGGCGCUGACAUCAACAUCGCAAAUGGUCAAGGAUAUACAGCAUUGCAUGACGCUGCGUACAGGAACGACCUUGACGUCACUUCAUUUAUUCUUGCACAGCCAGAAGUAAAAGUCAACAUCACCGCGCCCAGUUACGGCACUGCGCUUCAUAUGGCUUGCAAGAGGUUAAAUGUUGAGGUCAUACGGAGUCUCAUAUCUCAUGGGACGGACACCAACGCUAUUGCUUUCAACUACGCCAAUGGCACGCCGUUGAUGUCGACUAUGCUAUCCAAUGAGGAUGCAGUCCGCGAUAGGGACGCCCAAAAAGUGGACAUAGUAGUCCGUAUGCUUGUCUCUAACAAAGCCGAUAUCCAACAGACUUUGUGCGGCUCUGCUUUCGCAUUUGAUACAGCAUUCCAGGGUGCAUGUUUCAACGCUGGUGUUGCUACAAUCAAUUUCCUUAUUGAUGAAGGAGCGUCUGUCCAGCAUUCCGAUUCCUUAGGGCGGUUGCCUCUUCACUUUGCGGCCGCAAACGGCAUUGAAAACUUUCUAGCCGUCAUGCUGACCUAUAGGGGCGAUAUGAUGGCCACGGACAAAGAGGGAAAGACUUGCUUGCACUGGGCAGCACAAUUUGGAAAUUUACAGACCGUUAAGUUCAUCAUAAAUCGCCUCUGCGGUGCAGACGUAGACUGCAAAGAUAGCGAUGGAUGGACUCCACUCUGCUGGGCAGCGCGCGGGUCGAAAUCUGAAGACUUUGGCAAGAUGAGAUCAGAAAAGCCAGACUUCCUGAACGUCAUUCGCACGCUUCUACGACACGGCGCUAGCCCUGAGACAACGAUCACAGGUCCAUUAUUCGGAUGCAGAACUUGCAACGCCCUCGCCUUUUGUAAUAAAUGUGUCCAGCACUUCGAAACAUACCACUCAAGUGAAAAGCAAAAGGAUGGAAAGUUGCAUGUUGUUGAGAAGAGCAACGUCGACAUUUACAAGGAUGCAAUGCUCGAUGUUGAUCUGAAUGCGGACCAUGCGGCGAAGACAUCAGCGCAAGAAGGACUGAGAGAACCAUCAGAAAAUGGGGGAGUGAGUGAAGAAUAUGAUUCAAGUCUUGAUCUGGACUUCGACUUGGAUGAAUUGGGCGAAGGUCUUUCAUGA